AUGCUUCCUACGGCUGCCUUUAUUGUGAUCUCACUCGUCGGCUCCGCAGCCGCCGAGACUGUCCACGGCGUUGUCGUCUUCAGUCGUCAUGGCGAUCGAACAACGAAGCAUUAUGGAGCUCAGUCGUUGACCAGCGUCGGUGCCCAGCAGUGUUUCGAGGUUGGCAGUGACUACCGAGGCCGCUAUCUGGAGGCGGACUCUUCUAGUCGGAUUCUCAACAUUUCCGAGGAUAAAUACGUUUCCUCGCAAAUAUACGCCAGUGCUCCCGACCAAGGCAUCCUAUUGAAUACGGCUACGGCAUUUCUACAAGGCCUCUAUCCUCCAUUGGCAGGCCUCAACGCUCAGGUUGCGUCGUCGACCCUCAACAACGGCAGCACAAGUACAAGCCCCCUAAACGGCUACCAGUAUGUUCUCCUUCAUGGAGAGAACUCUAAUUCGCCAGACACUAUCUGGAUCAAGGGGGAUGACGGAUGUCCUACGAACGCCAAGGCCUACAAGGCCUUCGAAGCAAGUGAAGAGUUUCAGACCCGUGUCACGGAGACCAAGGACUUUUACGGCAGCUUCUACGAUGUGCUCGAGAGUGUGUACGACUACAAGCCCGAGAAUAUGACAUACAAGAACGCGUACGACAUAUUUGACUUGGUAAAUGUGGCACGCAUCCACAAUAGCACGUCUUUGGCCCGGAACGUAACGGACGAGGAGCUCUUCCAGCUGCGAACGUUGGCAGACAGCGCUGAGUUCGGUUACAACUUCAAUGCGUCCAAGCCCGACAGCACCAUUCAUGCAAAGACUCUUGCGGCUGGCAUCCUUGCCCAACUCAACCAGACGGUUGCUUCCAAGGGAAAACUCAAGUUCUCCUUUCUCGCAGGAAGCUACGACACCUUCAUGUCCUUCUUUGGUCUUACUGAUCUCAUCACCAUUUCGGACGACUUCUACGGUCUCCCAGACUAUGCCUCGACGAUGGCGUUUGAGCUCGUUAGCGAUAACACGACUGUAUUCCCCGCGAAUGUCGAUGCCGACCUUCGUGUGCGCUUCUUGUUCCGCAACGGCACUUUUGGCGAGCUAACGGCGUUUCCCCUUUUCGGUACUGGAGAAGACACUCUAUCAUGGCCGCGCUUCGUCGAAGAGAUGCAGAAGAGAGCCAUCAGUACCGUCGAGGAAUGGUGCACUGCUUGCUCUAGUCUUGUGUCAUUCUGUGCGGCUUACCAAGAUGAGGAAGCUACGAGCUCCAGCUCAGGGAGCAGCGGAGGCAUGUCGAAUGUCGUUGCCGGUGUUAUUGGUGCCAUGGUCACUCUCGGCGUUGCUGUCAUUGGUGCCAUUGCAUUCUUCAUGAUGAAGAAGCGACGCACAGCUCCCGUUUCUCAAGUCCAAGAGUCCAUGGCUGAGAAAUCCAGUCUGCGUAGUGGCGGUAGUGUUUGA